AUGGCGCCGAAGAAAGAAAACCCAAAAAAAGCAGCCGGUAACGCCCGCAAGGCCGACGCCGCAGCAGCAAAACAAGCCGUCGUGGACGCAAAGCACGCCGCCGAGGAAGACGAUAAAUGGGGCAAGGGAGCCAAAGACAACAAAAAGAAGGAGAACGCCGCAGCCAAGGCAGCCGAACAGGCGGCGAAAAAGGCCGAGCGGGACGCCCUGCUAGCGGAGGAGGAGAAGAGCCAGCGCAGUGCACCCAAGGGCGCGGGAAAGAAGACGGCGGAGAAGAAGAGUCGUGGAACACUGGACCUGGGACAGCUGGACGCCGGCGAGCCCAGUAAAGCGAUCAAUGCGUCGGGUAUUGACAAUGCUCUGGAUGCACUGAACCUCACGGGGUCUGCGAAUGAACUGAAACUUGAUCGACAUCCCGAGAGGAGGUUUAAGGCCGCGUAUAAGGCUUAUGAGGACCGGAGGUUACCCGAGAUCGAGGUCGAGUAUCCCGGUCUGCGGAAAAAUCAGCGCAUCGAGAUUGUCAAGAAGGAGUUUGAAAAGAGUGAAGAGAAUCCUUUCAACCAGGCUGGCAACGUCAGGUUUGAUGCCAGUAAAGAGGAUCUCGAGGCUGAAAGGAAGAGAGUCAGAGAAGGUGUCGAAAACAGACUCACGGGGAAAUGA